GGGAGGGGCUGGGCCGGAGGACCAACAGUCGGAAAGUAGCAAACUCGACUUCCUUCCCCGAUAGGUGUCGGCCGGCCGAAACCGCGAAGAAGCGCCUGAAUCAGUGUGGCUCACCCAUCAUCCCAGCCAUCUAAAUGUUUAAUUAAAACGCGUCAUCCGCAGAGAGGCCGUUGAAGCAAGAGUGGAUUUGGUGACGAAAGAGAAAGGAGGAGGGAAAGGGGAGAAGCCCAAGAAGACCAGCUGAAGUGUUUUCCCCCCUCAUGAAAAAGAUCUAAUGAUUCCAGCAAAAAAGUGAUCAAGGACGUUUCUCCUCCAGGGAUUACAUGGUGUAGCGCUCCACCAAGACCCGAGCAAAUAACAGAAAUUCUUUUCUAUGUGAUGACAAGAAGAGAAUAGGCGAGAGACAUUAAUAUCAGAUGAAAUGGCAGCUCCAUCUCCAGCUAAGAGUAUGGGAGACCCUGGAAUCACCCCCCUCUCCCCCACGCACAUUCAGCAGGACUCGGAGGACAAGACGCCAGCAGGCCCCUCCUUUACCGUGGUGGUAGCCAUCGACUUUGGAACUACCUCCAGCGGAUACGCAUACGCCUUCUCUAAGGAGCCCGAAUGCAUCCACACCAUGAGACGCUGGGAGGGCGGGGACCCCGGCGUGUCCAAUCAGAAGACUCCGACCACCAUCCUCUUGACGCCGGACAGGAAGUUCCACAGCUUCGGCUACGCGGCUCGAGACUUCUACCACGACCUGGACACCACUGAGGCCAAGCAGUGGCUCUACUUCGAAAAGUUCAAGAUGAAGCUCCACACCACCGCUAAUCUGUCCAUUGACACGGACCUGCAUGCAGCCAAUGGGAAGAAGGUGAAGGCUCUGGACAUCUUUGCCUACGCGCUGGCCUUCUUCAAGGAGCAGGCCCUCAAGGAGUUGAGUGACCAGGCUGGUGGAGAGUUCCGGAAUGCGGAUGUGAGAUGGGUGAUCACUGUGCCCGCCAUCUGGAAGAUGCCCGCCAAGCAGUUCAUGAGGGAGGCCUGCUACAAGGCCAACCUGGUUCCCCGUGACAACCCCGAGCAGCUGCUCAUCGCCCUGGAGCCCGAGGCCGCCUCCAUCUACUGCCGCAAACUCCGCCUACACCAGAUGGUCGACCUAGACACCCGCACUGGCACCGCCGUCAACGGGUACAGCCCCAACGAGAACGUGGGGGCGGGCAUGACACAGGCUAAGGAGCACACGCGCCGCAACCGCCAGAGCCGAACCUUUUUGGUGGAAAAUGUCAUUGGAGAGCUUUGGUCAGAGCUGGCAGAAGGUGACCGCUAUGUGGUGGUGGACUGUGGUGGUGGCACGGUGGACCUCACGGUUCAUCAGAUCCGCAUGCCUGAGGGGCACCUGAAGGAACUCUACAAGGCAUCAGGAGGCCCGCAUGGCUCCAUAGGUAUCGACUACGAGUUUGAGAAGCUCCUGUGCAAGAUCUUUGGCCAGGACUUCAUUGACCAGUUCAAGAUCAAGCGUCCAGCAGCCUGGGUUGACCUGAUGAUUGCCUUCGAGUCGCGCAAGAGGGCCGCGGCGCCGGAACGGACCAACCCGCUCAACAUCAACCUCCCCUUCUCCUUCAUCGACUACUACAAGAGGUUUCGCGGACACAGCGUGGAGCACGCACUCCGCAAGAGCAAUGUGGACUUUGUGAAGUGGUCAUCUCAGGGUAUGCUGAGGAUGAGUCCCGAUGCCAUGAAUGCCCUCUUCAAGCCCACCAUCGACCACAUCAUCCACUACCUCGUCGAGCUGUUUGACCGCCCGGAGGUGACGGAUAUCAAGUUCCUGUUCCUGGUCGGGGGCUUCGCCGAGUCCCCGCUGCUGCAGCGCGCGGUGCAGGACAUGCUCCAGGGCCGCAGCCGCAUCAUCAUCCCGCACGACGUGGGCCUCACCAUCCUCAAGGGCGCCGUGCUCUUCGGCCUGGACCCGGGCGUCAUCAAGGUGCGCCGCUCGCCCCUCACCUACGGCGUGGGCGUGCUCAACCGCUGGGUGGACGGCAAGCACCCGUCCGACAAGCUGCUGGUGAAAGAGGGCACGCGCUGGUGCACCGACGUCUUCGACACCUUCAUCGCGGCCGACCAGUCGGUGGCGCUCGGCGAGACGGUCAAGCGGAGCUACACGCCGGCCAAGCCCUCGCAGCAGGUCAUCGUCAUCCACAUCUACUGCAGCGAGAAGGAGGGCCCGGGCUUCAUCACCGACGCCGGCGUGCGCAAGUGCGGCUCGCUGCGGCUGGACCUGAGCGGCACCGAGCCCCCGCCGCCGCCACCGGGGGGCGGCAUCACGCGCCGCGAGAUCCAGACGCUCAUGCAGUUUGGCGACACGGAGAUCCGCGCCAUGGCCGUGGACGUCAGCACCUCGCGCAGCGUCAAGGCCGCCAUUGACUUUCUCAGCCAGUAGACACACCCCAGACACACCUCUAAACCUCCACCACCAACCCAGACGCACUGUACCUAACUUACUUACUAUUACUAUUACUACUAUUACUACUACUACAUCAGCCGCCACAGCAGCAGCAUGUGAGGAAAACUACAAAAAUAUGGAAAUGAAAAUGGGGGUGGUGUUUAGUCAGGGGAGGAAAUACAUGUAUGGGUGAAAGGGAUUAUGGGUAACUGAGUUCUAGAACACAAUUAUCAUGUGAAGCUCCUUCCCCUCAUCAGCUCCACCAGUUCCUCUCUGGAUUCCACUCAU